GCGGGGCCGCCGGCGCCGGCCGAGGGAGGGGCCGCAGCAGCGGGAGCUGGGCAGCUCGGCAUGCACCUGAGCCGACGCCCCUGGUCCCUGAAGCAGUGCCUCUGCGGUCGCCGCCGCUGCCGCCGCCAUGAACCGUUUCAAGGUGUCCAAGUUCCGGAACGUGGAGGUCCGCCUGUCCCGCCGCGAGGCCUGGAUCAGUAACAUCCAAGCAGGGACUGCCCCUUCGAGUGGGAACCGUAUCAAGUCCAGCUGCAGCCUGAUCGCCUUCAACUCCGACCGUCCAGGUGUGCUGGGCAUCGUGCCUCUGGAGGGCCAAGGAGGGGACAAGAGACAGGUGGCCCACCUGGGCUGCCAUUCAGACCUGGUCACGGACUUGGACUUCUCGCCCUUCGAUGACUUCCUCCUGGCCACGGGCUCAGCCGACAAGACGGUGAAGCUCUGGCGUCUGCCGGCCCCAGGCCAGGCGCCGCCCUCAGGGCCCGGGGUGGUGCUGGGACCCGAGGAGCACCCCGUGGAAGCUCUCCAGUUCCACCCCACUGCUGACGGCGUUCUCGUGAGCGCGGCAGGCACAGCCGUGAAGGUCUGGGACGCGGCCGCGCGGCAGCCCCUGACAGAGCUGGUGGCCCACGGGGACCUGGUGCAGAGCGCAGUCUGGAGCAGGGACGGAGCCCUGGUGGGCACGGCGUGCAAGGACAAGCAGCUGCGGAUCUUUGACCCCAGAGCCAAGCACCAGGCCUCUCAGAGCACACAGGCCCACGAGAACAGCAGGGAUGGCCAGCUGGCGUGGACAGCCACCCAGGAGCACCUCGUGUCUACUGGAUUCAACCAGAUGCGUGAGCGGGAAGUGAAGCUCUGGGACACUCGACUCUUCUCCAGCGCCCUGGCCUCCCUCACCCUGGACACCUCACCCAGGUCUCUGAUGCCUCUGCUGGACCCAGAUUCGGGCCUGCUGGUCCUGGCAGGAAAGGGCGAGAGUCAGCUGUACUGCUACGAGACAGCCCCUCGGCAGCCGGCCCUGAGCCCAGUGAACCAGUGCAUCCUGGAGAAUGUUCUGCAGGGGGCCGCCCUCGUGCCCCGGCGGGCGCUGGCCGUCAUGAGCUGUGAGGUGCUGCGUGUCCUGCAGCUGAGCGACACUGCCAUUGUCCCCGUCGGCUACCAUGUGCCCCGCAAGACCGUGGAGUUUCAUGAGGACCUGUUCCCGGACACUGCUGGCUGUGUGCCCGCCUCCGACUCCCAUGCCUGGUGGACUGGGAGCAACCAGCAGGUACAGAAAGUCAGCCUCGACCCAGCCCGCCGGCCCCACCCCAGCUUCACUUCCUGCCUGGUGCCCGCUUUGGAGCCCCACCUUGGCACGGCCCAGCCUGCAGAGACCCCCGUGGACGAUGCUGACCCCAGCGAGGGCUUCUCGUCCCCUCCCAGCUCACUGACCUCGCCCUCCACGCUCUCCAGCACCACCAGCGGCAUUGGGACCAGCCUGAGCCAGAGGUCGCUGCAGAGCCUGCUGGGCCCCAGUUCCAAGUUCCGCCAUGCCCAGGGCACCGUGCUGCACCGAGACAGCCACAUCACCAACCUCAAGGGGCUCAACCUCACCACGCCCGGUGAGAGCGAUGGCUUCUGUGCCAACCAGCUGCGUGUGGCCGUGCCCCUGCUCAGCAGCGGGGGCCAGGUGGCCGUGCUGGAGCUGCGGAAGCCUGGCCGGCUGCCCGACACAGCGCUACCCACGCUGCAGAACGGGGCGGCUGUAACCGAUCUGGCCUGGGACCCGUUUGACCCUCACCGCCUGGCCGUGGCUGCCGAGGACGCCAGGAUCCGACUGUGGCGGGUGCCCCCGGAGGGCCUGGAAGAGGUGCUUACCACACCCGAGGCUGUGCUCACAGGGCACACGGAGAAGAUCUACUCCCUUCGCUUCCACCCGCGGGCAGCUGACGUGCUGGCCUCCUCCUCUUACGACCUCACUGUUCGCAUCUGGGACCUUCAGGCCGGAGCUGAGCGGCUGCGGCUGCGGGGCCACCAGGACCAGAUCUUUGGCAUGGCCUGGAGUCCUGAUGGACAGCAGCUGGCCACCGUCUGCAAGGAUGGGCGUGUGCGCGUCUACGAGCCCCGGAAUGGGCCUGAGCCCCUGCAGGAAGGCCCAGGGCCUGAGGGGGGCCGUGGAGCCCGCGUUGUCUGGGUGUGUGAUGGGCGCUGUCUGCUGGUGUCUGGCUUUGACAGCCGCAGCGAGCGCCAGCUGCUCCUGUAUGCAGCUGGGGCCCUGGCGGGCGGCCCCUCAGCAGUGCUGGGCCUCGACGUGGCUCCCUCAACGCUGCUGCCCAGCUAUGACCCGGACACCGGCCUGGUGCUCCUCACGGGCAAGGGUGACACCCGCGUGUUCCUGUAUGAGCUGCUCCCUGAGGCCCCUUUCUUCUUGGAAUGUAAUAGCUUCACGUCGCCUGACCCCCACAAGGGCUUCGUCCUCUUGCCCAAGACGGAGUGUGACGUGCGGGAAGUGGAGUUUGCUCGAUGCCUGCGGCUGCGCCAGACCUCCCUGGAGCCCGUGGCUUUCCGGCUGCCUCGAGUCAGGAAAGAGUUCUUCCAGGAUGACGUGUUCCCAGCCACGGCUGUGACCUGGGAGCCCGUGCUCAGUGCCCAGGCCUGGCUGGGAGGCGCUGAUGGGCAGCCCCGGAUGCUCAGCCUGCAGCCCCCCGGCAUGACCCCAGUGAGCCAAGCCCCCCGCGAGGCCCCUGCCCGGCGGGGCCCAUCCUCUGCACAGUACCUGGAGGAGAAGUCGGACCAGCAGAAGAAGGAAGAGCUGCUGAGCGCCAUGGUGGCCAAGCUGGGGAACCGGGAGGACCCGCUGCCACAGGACUCCUUCGAAGGCGUGGACGAGGACGAGUGGGACUAGCCGACCCACCAUCAGCUCCGGCCUCACCUGCUGCUGCCGUGCCCCAGAACCACACCCCACAUCUCACUCUCAAACUGGAAGACGCCUCCCUGGCCUGGCAUGCCGCAGCCCAGAAGCCCCUGGCCCCUGGGCCUCCUGCACCCCUGUGGACUGUCUUGUACCUCUGCUUUCUCUGGGCCUGGCUGCCUCACUUCAGCUGCCUGCUAGCAUGUGGAGCCAAGGGUGCAGGGUGGGGGGUCCACAGCACGGUCCUGGGCAGGCCCUGGGCUCCUCAUCUCCCCCGCCCUCCUACUGAUCUGGGCUGAUCCCAGCCUGGGCAGGCCUCGGCCGGCACCUCGGGCUACCACCUGCCAUCCCAUCUUGCCCGCUGCCCCAGUUCAUCAAGGACCUUGGGGGCUGGCCCCCCACCAUGCCUUUUGGAGCAGCACCAGCCUCAGGGGCCGGGGACCAGUUGUCCUUUUCCCCAGGCUCAUCAGGAGAGAAACAUCUCAGAGGCACUGCUCCAGCCAGAGGGUAGGAGCCCCACAGGGACUGGCCCACGGGUGCCCUGGAUGUUCUCAGCAAUUAAACCUUCUGUCGCUGCC